AUGACGGCGCUGGCUGUCUACGAUGAUGUCGACGUUGGCCGCCUCAAAUACCUGGUGAUCUACACCGCUGUGAUGUUCGUCCUUUAUGGGCUGAACGUCACAUCCUACUUCACGGCUGCGUCUAUCCUAACCGCCCGCGGUAUACGGUCCUUCAAACCAAGGCUGUACUUAUUUGCGGCCAUAACGAUGAUGUUCGUCACAACCUCGGCCUACGUGGUCCUCGACGUAAUCGUUACACUCUAUCAAGUCCAAGAAGCCGCGGCCGCCUCAAGCGAGGCGAACGAACGCGCUCUGACCAAGUUAUUUGUUGCAGAGAAUGCCAUAUUGCGCUGGAAUUUCAUAAUCAGCGAUAUCAUUGUCGUAUGGCGAGCGUGGAUCCUUUGGAAUACCGCGCGAUUAGCUCGACACGCUCUGAUUGUUUCCCUCUGCUUAACAUGCUGCGCCAUUGUGGCCGACAUCGGGGUUGUAUCCUGGGAGAUCCUGGAUCCCCGCCUAGCGCACCACUCCGCUGUUCUUCUGUCUCUCUUAUGGACACUGCCGACGCUCUUCACCAACGUCACCGUCACUACAUUAAUGGCAGUCAAGGCGUGGCCAUCUUGGGUGCGCCAUAGACAUCUAUAUGGUGAUAGCUUGAUGACACGACGAUCUACCCGUCGCGUCAAUAAAGCGUUGCAAAUUCUAUUCUCUACGGGAUUUCUGUACUGCUGUGUCUGCGUUCUAUUAGUUACAGCAGGACUGGUCCAAGACCAGGCGCACACCUUCGCCGCCGUCAUGGGCACAGUUGGCGUUUGCAUCGCUGGUAUAUACCCCACCCUCAUCGUCAUCUGGGCUGCCCUCGAGCCCGAGCAAGAGCCCAUCUUCGCCCUGAGCUCGCCAGGCGGCCGCGUCGACGUGCAAUUCUCCGACCCACGAAGACAGAUCAUCGAGACGCAAUGCAUGGUCGAGCUGCACACGCGAGAUAGCUACCCGCCGCGUGUGUCCGUGCAGACUGACGACGGCAAGGACUCGGGUUAUCUCCAGAAGGGUAGCGGGUCGUCAUAA